AUAUCAAUUUUGUUCAUUUUAAAACAUGAUCGUUAAGCAAUCUAAUAGCAAUUAACACUACAACGGAUGAAAAAUAUCAAAUAAAUUUACUCUCCGAGCAACUUUACCGCAACCGUUACUUCAAAACACGAAGCUCGCCUAAUGUCAACCGCUUUAACCGUCAAACCUGUUCAAAAUGAACCAACCUCGCCAAUCGCACACAGAACUGCUUAUUUUGCAGCAGAAAAUGCGCGUAAAUAAUAAAUCUCGCUCUAUUUGUGCAAUUAUCCACGCAGUCUAGCCACGCGAAACGGUGAAAUCGUGCAGCAAGUGCUUCUAGUGCCGCAGAACCAUCCGAAGUGCUACCUAAGUUUACAGGAAAAUGGAUAGAAAAUGGUGCCGUAGCACCAUCCGGUUGGUCGUCCGUAAAGAAUUUGUUAUUGUGCACCACACAACCAACUCCCUCCACUGAGGCGAUAGUGCGUCGUCGUCGACGUCGGGGCCGUUUCGUAAAUAAGUUGGAAUUUCCAGGCCCUGUGACGAAGCAAACGUGUGAGAAAAGAAGAAAUUGAAGCAAUAAAACACGAGGCAUAUAACAAAUCUCGUGGAAGUGUAAGAAAAAAAAACUACAAGUUAGUGUGCGUGGUCGUCGUCGUCGUCGUCGCCGUGGUUGCAGCAGCAGCAACAGCAGCAAGUGCACGCGUAGUGUGUGGCGUGUGGAUGAUUGUUUUUAAUUUAGCAACACGACACAACAACUCCUCGCAGCCGGGGCAACCAGCACCAGCAGCAGCAGCAGCAGCAACCAACAUCGUCAUCAUCAUCAUCAUCAGUCAUGGCUGACCAAAACGAGAAAAUUCUUCAACGUCUGCUGCAACAGGACGGAAACAGCAUUUGUGCGGAUUGCGAUUCGAAAAAUCUAGAAUGGGCUUCUUACAAUAUCGGAAUCUUCCUGUGCACCCGCUGCUGUGCGGUCCAUCGCAGCAUGGGCGCCCACAUAUCGAAGGUGAAGCAUCUCAAGCUGGACAAGUGGGAGGACAGCCAGAUCCAGCGCAUGAUCGAGGUCGGUAACAAGGCGGCCCGAUUAAAGUACGAAAACCGUGUACCGGCAUGCUACCGAAGACCCAGAGAAAACGAUCCACAAGUGCUAAUGGAGCAAUGGAUAAGGGCAAAGUACGAACGGUUGGAAUUUUGCAUGAUCGAACGCCCCAGCUACACAUCCGGCCGGAUGGAAGGCUUCUUGAUGAAGCGUGGCAAAGAGGACAGCCGCUACCAGCCGCGCAAAUUCAUCCUUUCCGGGCUGCACGACUCGUUACGCUACUUUGUGAAAGAAAAGCGCGAACCAAAGGCAAAUCUGCGAAUAUCGGAGCUGAACGUGGUGUACGCACCGUCGAAAAUUGGCAAUCCCAACUCGCUACAGCUGACGUUCAUGAAGGACGGCACGACGCGCCACAUCUACGUGUACCACGACGAUCCGGAGGUGAUCAACAAUUGGUAUAUGGCGAUACGGUGCGCCAAGCUGCACCGGCUCCAGAUCGCCUACCCGAGCGCCUCGGAGAGCGAUCUGGUCGACCUGCUAACGCACGAUUUCGCCCGGGAAGGAUGGUUGCUAAAGACGGGUCCACGGGCCACGGACAGCUACAAGCGGCGCUGGUUUACACUGGACGACCGUAAGCUAAUGUACCACGACGAUCCGCUGGACGCCCAUCCGAAGGGGGAAAUCUUUCUCGGCAACCAGCUGAACGGUUACAGCGUCCGGAUAGGGGCGCCACCCGGUGCCAAAGAUCAGGGUUUCAGCUUUACGCUCUUCACACCGGAACGUGUGUACAACAUGUCGUCGCACAGUGAGCAGGAUCGGGACGAGUGGAUUGCCGCGAUACAGACCGUGCUGGAACGGCCACUCAGUCCGCAGGAUAGUUCGGUAUGUGCUCGAUUAAUACGCAAGCGUGGUGGAACCAACCCAAAGAGUAUCUUUACGGGUAGGUAAUAUAGCGUACAAACCCCUCAAACGUCCAAUGCGCCGCUAUUAUGAGACGAUAUGAGUGCUCGUGCUCUUGGGGAGGACAGCUGCGCUACCAGCAAGCAUAUGGUAGCGGCCAUUGCAACUCGACCUUCUUCAUCCCGCUUUUGAGACCGUCGUGUGGGACAGAUUUAGAAAUAGGAAACAACACCACGGCACUCUACAAACUACACAUAGAUUAAUGCACCUUGCAUCUUAGCGCAGCUUGAAGGCAAUUUAGUAUAACACGAUGAGCAGCAGCGAGGACAGGCAGCAAGCAAUCCUUUCUUGAUCUGUUUUUCUUAGCAUUAAUUGCUGCAGCACAAUCCACAAUAGCUUGCUCCGCUAGCUAGCUUCGGUCGGCCCGAACGGAAGGAAGCCGGUAUUUAUUUGCAUAAUGUUUAUUCCUUUACGUUGGGUAGCUACUACGUAACGAUGUAAGUGCAAGAAGACGUUAAGUAUAGAAACAAACAAAACAACCUACCAAGCCAGCCACCCAACACACAGCAGCAGCCCUUUAUACUAGUUGGACGCGCAAAGAUCGAUCUAUUUAUUAACGUUAACACAAACAGCCAGGCAGACAGCCAGGCAGAAACUCUCCCCGAGGGCACCACGAGCUCGCUGGGUAAUACUCAGCCAAUUUAAAUUAUUUCGGAAAGCUUUUGUUUUGUCAACCGUAGAAUGUUAGUCGACAUUCGCAUUGCUGUUCGAGUCCCUCUGCAGAUUGCUACCCAGCAAAGGAGUUUAGCGUUUCGUGUGGCCCGCUCUAUUUAACUUUCUCCUUCUGCUUAAAGCGCACAGAUGCACACACACACACACACAGAGAAAGCACGCAUUUUAUGCAAACAAUUUAUAAUAGCGCAAGAACAAAUAACGUAAAAAAGCGGUCAGGGAAGAGCAAGUCGUGGACGAUAGCACCAGACACAACACGCAUACGUUUCCGUUUCUGCUUCGUACGAUAUUAGCAGUACGUCCUUGUGAAGCAGAGAGAAAGCGAAAAUGUUCAAAAAAAGGAGGAGCAAAAGAUAGUAAAAACAAAUCAAAUUUAGAAGUACAUUUUGGCUUACCGGCAUUCGCCAUAAGCGCAUAUUAGAUAGGCAACAUUAAAAAUUGAAGAGUUGAAAGUGAAAGUAGGGGAGAGGCAACUCCGUGCCCCGCGAAACAGUUCAGAAGCAAUUGGCCAAACGCUCUUGGCGGCGCGUGUACGUAGUUUUGUAUUGCGCGGGCUAGCACUAAGGACCUCCUCUCCCCUACCUACGUUAACCUUAGUGUUCAGCGCCGGGUUUGAAGCGUGUGUGUGUUUUUUUUUUUUGCUCUUUAUAAUACGAUUUCUUAUCACACACACAAGAGAGACAAACAAAAAACAACUCCAGAAAAACUGUCGUGCUCAAACUCUUUGUUUUUUUGACGAAGAAGUGUAAAAACCAAACCCAAGUGUAGGGAAAGAGGAUAAGUGGCGAAGCAUCAACCAACCAACCACAACCGAUGGAUGAACGGUUGAUACCGCCGUAACCGUAAUCGAAAUGCAACAAUGAAAUCAAUACUGCCACAGAGAUUUAAAACAGUCACACAAGCGCUCGCACGAAGGACAACGUGCCCCCGUCAAGUUUGCUGGCUAUUAAUUUGUACAAUUUUUAUGGUGAAAAAUGAUUUAAAAUGCCGCACUCUGUGGCGGGGGAUAGCUUGGUGGCCGUUCGUUCGUGGUGCGCGGAACUAAAGCAUCGUAAUAAUAUUAUACAUAAGCGUGUAGGGAGAGCAUGGAAAAUCAAGCAAAGAAAAAGCCACUCUUCGACAAGAAUAACAAACAAAAAACGAACGAACGAACUACAAUAAUCUGCCAAAAAUAGCUAAAUAUUAGGAAAAGUCGUACACACACACAGGGUCACGAGCGAACGGAGACGGUAGGACGAUCAGGAUUGUCUUUAGACGACCCGUUUGGAGACUGUAGAACACAGUAAAGACGAGAGAGUAAAAUAAAUGUUAUACUUCUCCAUCUUGAAGUAAAACACA